CACAACUAUAACCAUAACUUUAUAAAAGUAGUUGUAGUAGUUAUUGGUUACUGUAUAAAAAAAAGAUGUCACUAAAGGAUCAUCUAGUGAUACUUUUAGAAGAACAACUAGAAUCUAUAGAUCAUACUAAAACAGUUAGACUACAUAAUUUAUUUCAAAGUAUUAAUAUUCAUAAUGAUAAUAUAAGAUUUACAUUUAAUGAAAUAAUUUUAAUUAUAUAUGAAUUUCUUUAUUCAUUUAAUCCACCAUUUGAAUGUGAUAAAUUAAGUUUACAAAAUAAUCAAUUUACAGAAAUUUCAUUAUCAAUAUCAUCAUCAUCAACAUCAUCAUCAACAUUUUUAAAUUUUUUAUCAAAUAUUAAAUAUUUAGAUUUACAUAAUAAUUAUAUAAAUCAAAUAUCUGAAGAUAUUUAUAAUGAAUUUACUGGACUUGAAGUAUUAGAUAUUUCAAAUAAUAAACUUAAUUAUAUAUCUCAUUCAAUUAAUAAUUUAAAAGAUUUAUUAAUUUUAUCAAUUAAAGAUAAUCGAUUUAAAUAUUUACCUCCAUGGUUAGGUGAUUUAGAAAGAUUAAAUUUAAUUGAUUAUUCGGGGAAUCCAUUAAUUAUUCCAUCUUCUGAUUCAUUAAAGAAUCCAUCUACAAUUGAUUUAAAAUUAUUUCUUUUAUCAAAUCGAGAUUUAAUUGAAUCAAAACUUUUUGAACAAAUGCAUAGUACUUUAUCAAGAACAAGAAGUAUAUCUGAAUCUUCAAAAUCAAAAGCUUCAAGAGCUGCUAGAAGAAUGGGAUUAAUUAUUAAAAAGCCUGAAGAUAUUCCUGCUGAAGUAGAUUCAAAAUCUUCUGAUGUAACUCCUAUAACAUCUGCUAAUACAACAACUUUUAAUUCUGAUUUAGAUAAUAAUUUUACUAAUGAUUCUAUAAUGUUUAAUCAUAAUCAAAAUCAAAAUCAAAACAUUCCUAAUGAUUAUUCAUUACCAUCAGCGACUUCACUUGAUGGAUUUAAUUUAGGUACUCCACCAUUUCCAAUAGUUUCAACUGUUACAGCAACUACUGUACCUAAUUCUCCAAUAAAUAAUACUUUUAAAAAUUCUACAAUUAUAUCAUCAUCAGAAUCAAAUUCAAAUAUGUCAACUGUAAGUAGACCAUCCAGUAGAAAUAGAUCAAGAUCAAAUACUCUUAAAGAAAUUGAUAAAAUUUUAGAAAAGAAUGAAAAUGUUGAUACAGAACAUAAAUCAGGAGCUUAUUUUAGAAGAUUAUCAACUCUUCAAGAAAAUCCUGGAGCUGAAAUUAAAGAAAUUAAUCAUCAUCCUCAUUCUUUAACUGCUAGUAUUACUUCAACUCCUAUUAAUAAUAAAUUUACUAUAAAACCAGAAGAAAUCAAACAUUUACCAAUAAAUAAUCGACCUUCAAUAUCUUUAUCUCAAGAUAUAACAUCUAAUACUACUAUUGCUAAUAAACCACCAACAACAAAAAAACAUCAACCUUCAACAAUUAUUAAAGUUUCAAGAAAAAUCUUAUUUUCAUUUAGUGAAUUACAUUCAUCAGUAAGAAGGUUUACGGGAUUUUGUGUUGAUAAAAAAGUAACUAUGAAGAUGGUAUCAUAUUUAUAUGUUACUAAAGCCAAUAUUGAUUCAUUAGUUGAAAAUCUUGAGAUUAUGGAAGAAAGUGGUAAUAAUUUAGAUCAAAUUAUUAUCAUUUUACAAAAUUGUAUUUCAUCAUUUAAAGCCAUUAUGAAUUUAUUAAAUGAUAAUUUUGUUAAUUUUGUAAGUAAAAUUGAUAUUUGCUUUAUUAGAAUGUUAUAUCUUUCAUUAUAUGGUUCAUUUAAUGAAUUAUUAAAUGCAUAUAAACUUCUUGUACCUGAUUAUAGUAUAUAUAUUGAAUCUGAUCCAGGGAUUAAAUAUCAAGAACAUUUGCCAAUACAAUUUGACCAACAGCAAUCAUUUAUAUCACAACAGGAUCAACAAGAUCUUCAACAGCAGCAACAGCAGCAACAGCAGCAACAACAACAACAACAACAACAACAGCAACAGCAACAGCAACAGCAACAGCAACAGCAACAGCAACAGCAACAGCAACAGCAACAGCAACAGCAACAGCAACAACAACUUGAGCAAACACAACAAGAAGUUCAAUAUCAACAACCAUAUAGUGAUGAAGUACAUGUUACUCAACAACAACAAUACCAUAAUGAAGAAAAGCAAGAAAUUGCUGACCAUUAUGAAACUCCACCACAACAGUAUAAUGAUGAACAGCAUGAUACUGAUACACAACAACCACUGAAAUUAUCUAUUAAUACCAAUUUUGUUGUUAAUCAAGAUGGAGUUGAUGAGAAAUUAUAUGCUACAAUUGAUUCAGCUACUAGUACAGCACAAGGCAUAUUUACUGAUUUAAAUAAAGCUCUUAGUAAAAGUGCCAUGGCAACUGCUACAUCAGGAAAUCCUAUUGUAAGUCAAGCAGUUGUAUCUAAAGUUAAAGAAUUAACUAAUGUUUGUAUAAUUUCAUUAGAUAUUACUAAAAGAUUAAAGACUAAAUUAAUUACUAUUAGAAAUAAUCCAUCAGAAACAACUCAAAAAUUAUUUGGUGAAGAUAUUAAUUCAUUUAUUAAAGCUAUGCUACAAACAUUAGCUGCUGUUAAGAGUAUUGUUAAAGAUUUACCAAUUUUAGAUGAUAUUCGAGCUUCAAUGUCGAAUUUAACUAAGAUUGCAAAAGAAGUAACUUAUAUGUUAGAAUUAUCAUCAUAUAAAGGUAUAACAGUUAAUGGAGAUUAUUCUGGUCCUCCACCAUUAUCAUCAAUUCCAAGUGGUUCAAAUAUUUUUACUCCUUUAUCAGCUACUAUACCUUCAAAUAAUCAUACAUUAUCUGAUUUUCAUUCUCAUUCAAAUACAAAUUUAUCACAAUUAAAUAAUAAUUCAUCCUCAGUUAGAACUCCAUUAGUUGUAACAUUAGGAGCUGCAGCUCAAGCAAUUAUGCCUUCAUCUACUAAUACUAGUCUUAGAGAUAAUAAUUCUAUUAUGAGUCCAUUAAUAAGUCCAAAUAUGAGUGCUAAUUCAACAUUAGUUGGUAAUGUUGGAUCUGGUUCAAGUAUGAUAUCAAAUAAUGGUUCUUUAACUGCCCCUCCACAAUCAUCAGGUCAAUUCUUUGCUAAACAUGGAAUUAAUCCAUUUGAUGGAUUAAUUAUCGCUCAUCAAGAACAACAAGAACAACAACAGCAACAACUGGAUGAUAAUAACCAGUAUUACUAAUGAGGUAAAAAUACAAUUUGCAAAUUGCUGCAAAAAAAAAACCCCUUUACGCGUAAAUUGUAUAUUUACAAUAAUUUUUGUUCUAUAAUCUAAAGAAGGAGUAGUAGAUAAAUAGAAUAAGUAUAAGUAUAU